UCUUUACUAGGGUAAAAACUCUUUCCGCAAUCCAUAAAAUCUGCCCAACGCUCUUAAGUCUUAAACCAAACCCCCGCCCGCGGUCUCUUUACUAGGCUACUGCCUACUCGAUCGCGCACAAGCGUCUCUCCCUUUCAUCCAGCCAGCGAUAUUAGGUUGUUUAAAAUAUGGCCAAGCAUCAUCCUGAUUUGAUUAUGUGUCGGAAGCAACCUGGCAUCGCCAUUGGACGAUUGUGUGAAAAAUGCGAUGGCAAGUGUGUGAUAUGCGACUCAUAUGUGCGUCCUUGUACACUAGUCCGGGUUUGUGAUGAGUGCAACUAUGGAUCAUUUCAAGGUCGAUGUGUGAUAUGUGGAGGAGUAGGAAUAUCUGAUGCUUACUACUGCAAGGAGUGCACACAACAAGAGAAAGACAGGGAUGGUUGCCCCAAAAUUGUCAAUUUAGGGAGUGCCAAAACUGAUUUAUUCUAUGAACGCAAAAAGUAUGGUUUUAAGAAAAGAUGAUUAGGGAAGAUUACUAAAACAUUUGUAUGUGUAAAACUUUUUUCCAUUCUGGGUGUUUUGCUCGGUUUCAGAAUCAGAAGCAUAUGAUAUUAGAUAUUGUGCUAGUAAAUUUUUAUUUGGUACAA